GCGAAAAACAUGUGACAGUCUUUCUUACAGAGGAAUCCUGAAGCGACAGAUAGGGACCGUGUGGAACAGUUGUGUCGCAAUCAUCUCUCUGUCAGAUCAUCUCUGGUAUGAUGUGGGUAGAUUUCACUUCUGCUUACAGUAACGGUGACGUCAAUUAGAGGAGUGGUUUUAAUGUGCCGACCCCCACGUGUUGUUAAGCGAAGGAUGGUGAUUGAAGUACAGUUGGUAAUUGAGCCGUUUGCUGCAGAAAAGCAAGAUGAAGCGCUGGAAUUCGCCACAUGGGCUAUCCGCGCAAUGACCGCAGUUGCUAUUAUAUAAAAAGGAUUCUUGUCGCGAAGUUGUUUGCUAUUCUGAUUUUAUUUUUAUUUUCCUACCUCCGCUGAUGGACAAUGGAAUGGCAUUCAGCCGAAAUUUCUGGUAACCCUCCUCUUUUCCCUUGCGGUUGAUCAUUGUUUUUAAUGCUGUUGUUUUGUAAGAGGGCAGGGACAUACCAGAUCUUUUUGGACUUCUGGUAGAAAACACCGAGAACGUCGUUGGUACUGUUGGUUUUUGUCUUGUGCGCCCUCCCUUCCCGACCACACGCUCUACUGUCCACUGAGUUGUCAUCCAGGCGAUAUCAUGGUGAAAUUCCCAGCACUCACACCUUACUGGCCUCUAAUCCGCUUUCUGGUUCCUCUGGCAAUCACCAAUGUAGCCAUCGACCUUGGGGAACAGGCUUUGAACAGAGGCAUCGCAACUGUUAAAGAAGAUGCGGUGGAGAUGCUGGCAAGCUAUGGGCUGGCAUAUUCCCUGAUGAAAUUUUUCACCGGGCCCAUGAGCGACUUCAAGAACGUGGGCCUAGUAUUUGUGAACAGCAAGCGGGAUCGCACCAAGGCUGCACUGUGCAUGGUUGUAGCAGGAACUGUGGCCUUCAUCUUCCACACUCUCAUAGCCUACACAGAUUUGGGAUACUACAUCAUCAACAAACUUCACCAUGUAGACGACUCUGUGGGUACCAAGACCAGGAGGGCUUUCCUUUACUUGGCAGCUUUUCCUUUAUUGGAUGCAAUGGCCUGGACACAUGCUGGCAUUCUCCUGAAGCACAAGCAUAGUUUCCUGGUGGGCUGUGCGUCUAUUUCUGAUGUCAUUUCUCAGAUUGUGUUUGUGGCCAUUUUGCUCCACAGUCACCUGGAGUGCUUGGAGCCGCUGCUCAUCCCUAUCCUGUCCCUAUACCUGGGUGCCCUGGUGCGCUUCACCAUUGUGGGCUUGGGCUACUACCACUAUAUCCAUGACAUCAUCCCAGACUCCAGUGGGCCUGAACUGGGGGGGGAUGCCACCAUCAAGAAGAUGCUGAGCUUCUGGUGGCCCCUGGCCCUCAUUCUAGCCACCCAGCGCAUAAGCAGGCCCAUCGUCAACCUCUUUGUUUCCCGGGACCUCAAGGGGAGCGUGGCCGCCACUGAGGCUGUCGCGGUCCUGACAGCAACCUACCCUGUGGGUCACAUGCCGUAUGGUUGGCUGACAGAGCUGCGUGCAGUCUACCCUGCGUUCGACAAGAACAACCCCAGCAACAAGCUGAACAGUGGCACUGUAGUUACCAAGUCACACAUCAAGAAGUUCACCUUUGUGUGCAUGGCACUGUCGAUUACGCUGUGUUUCAUGGUCUUCUGGACCCCUCACACAUCUGAGAAGAUCCUGGUGGAUAUCAUCGGGGUGGACCUUUCCUUCGCCAAGCUCUGUGUCACCCCACUGCGCAUCUUUUCCUUCUUUGCGCUGCCUGUGACCAUCCGGGCGCACCUAACUGGCUGGCUGAUGACCCUGAAGAAGACCUUCGUCCUCGCACCCAGCUCAGUGUUGCGACUCAUUGUUCUCAUCACCAGUCUUAUCGUGCUGCCUUACAUGGGAGUACAUGGUGCCACACUAGGAGUGGGAUCUCUGCUGGCUGGUUUCUUAGGGGAGUCCACCAUGGUCGCAAUAGCUGCCUGCUAUGUCUAUCAACAACAGAAGAAGAAGAAAGGGACAGAAGAUUGUGCUGCAGGAGAGGGUGGGGACUCCUCCCCCAUGGAUGAAGAGGGGGCCAGAGGUCAAAUGGAUAACAUCAUGGAGCUGAGGGAAGAAGGGGAGGUCGAACAAUGAACUAGCGUUUGGGUCAUCGGGAGGAGGAUGGGGAGGACAGGGUAGCAUUCCUGUGUCUGUGGGGAUGCCAGUCGAGACCUCCCCCCAACUUCACUUGUCUCCUGGCACCCCGAAAGAUCGGAAACCCUAUAAUCUGUGGCUCACCCAGGACCCAAACCUCCAGGACAUGUAGAGAAGAUCCCGCAGGGGAUGCCUUUGUGUGCCUGUGGCAGCCACACCGACACAUCCUUUGAUGAAAACAGCCAUGCACUGAAAUGCACUCUUUAGAAUUGCAAGCACCUUUAUAAAUAUAUAUAUAUAUAUAAAUAAAUAUAAAUAUAAUUACAAAUAUAAACAUAAAUGCAGACAUGUCUUCCAGCUUUCUGGUUUGCGAUGAUGCAGGACAGCCGAGACACAAAGUUGUACCAAAGCAAAGUGCUGCUUCGACUCCUUUCCCUGUCUGCUGAACUCAUUUUGUGCUGCUGUCCUUUACCUUCAAGAACCAUUAAAAGGAGAACAUUUAUAUGACUUGGCAACCAAGACUUUUUACUUUGAAAGUACAAAUGAAUCAAAAAAAGAUACUGGGGUCACUCUUCUUACCUCUGAGCUUUGUAUUUUUCAUACAGCUGCUGAUGACCAGGUAUACUUCAGAUUUUAUGCUGGUGUAGCAGUCAUAUCUGCUAUAUCUGCUUGUUUUCUAUUUGUCUGAUUAUUAAACAGGUAGUAGUGUUUUCUUGUGGUUGACAUGUUGGUUCUUCAGUGCCAUUUAAAGGACUUUCUUAUUAUAUAAUGGUGUUGGUGUACAAACAUUUUUUUGUAUGGGUGGCCUGUUAUAUACAUUGAAUGAUGAAGAGGUCAGAAGUGUGGAUGGUCAAUUUGUCAGUUAGUGAAUGUUUUUACCAUGUCUAUAACAUGUUUUUCCUUGUUCUGGGUAUCUCUUUAUUCUCAGGACAGAUUUCCAUGACUAAGAUCUCUGUGUCCAUUUUGCAGCUUAGUCUUCAUUACAACUGUGCAAGUCUUAUUUACAGGUUCAAUGCGUGUGCACACAAACACACACGUGUGUGUAUAAUACAUAUUUAAGGUUUUCAGAGUUUCUUCUUUUGAAAGGUUAUACUGCCAUGUGUGUCCAAACACAUGGGACCCUUUUGUUUUUCAACGAUUGCUAAACUCUUAGUCAUACCAGAGAAAAUAUGACUCCUAUUUAUUGCUAUCUUUGGAAGAGGGACAGAGUUGUACUAUUCUGUGAUUAAACAUUGAUACAGUGGUUUUACAUUGUUGUGUUUUAUGUAUUAAACACCUCUCCUCAAACUGUACCAGAUUUAAAUCAUCACACUACUGCAGCAUGAUUAACACCCAAAAAGCCCCCCAAAGAAAAUGCUUCACAAAUAAAGCUCAGUCCAAUGAAUAAU